GAAGGUGCAGAGAAAAUCUGGAGGCUGCCAAUGAGACAUGUGCCCCAUCAUGAUAGGUGCAAUACCAAUCACAAAGCACCUAAUAUGAGAGUACCAGUUCUCUGUCAGCACUUGUUACACAGGACCCCCGACUCAUCGGCUGGCUUAGCCUUGGUGCACCACGGCGCAACGCGCUCCCUCAUUGCUGCAGUAUUACAACACAUCCGAACCCACAAACCGACCCUUUUUAUCUAGAGCCCAGCGCCAUUAUAGACAGACCGAGCCCCUUCCGGCGCCGAAGGUGAUAUAUCGCAAGCUGCCAGGACCAGAGUGGAGCCUGCCCGUGCCGCUCAUUACCUGGGGCCGGGGCUACGCAGCAGUGUCAACUGAAACCGGCCCUGUGUGGGUUCCCGCUCGCUUUGUGAAGCCGUGGAGAGAUGGCCUGGCAUCAGGGGCUAAAGAAUCCCAUUCCGGACUUCAGUCUAACCCUGACGGAUAGGGUGGACAAGAUUGACAAGGCCCGAAAGCGUGGCACACCUAACACUGCCAUAACUUGGGGGCAGGUCAAAGCUUUAUUACGGCAGGCUGAACAUGUAUUAGAGCAAACUAAGGCGGAUAAGACUACAGAAAACUACUUUCUUGCGCUAAUAGCCAGCUUAAAUGCUAAUUCUCUUUGCUGGGUUAUGUAUAUUUGGGUGACCGUUCUGUGUUUGCCGCAAGGUGUUGCAGCCCCUCUCCCUUCCACCAAUGUGUGGGAGACAUUUAUUCACACCUUGAAUCAGACAUCCUUUUGCCUCUCCCAGCAAGUUACGGUGGGAGAGAUUUUAGGUACCUGUCUGAUUCCUGUAUGCCAUAAUCCUAAUGAUGUUGAAAAUGCUACUUGGUUUUAUUCUAGUCUGGGGCCAAAUUCCACUAUUCAUGGCUUGGGUUAUGCUGGCUAUCAUAAUUGGGGACCCCAAACACCUCGUAGACCUAGGAAUGCGCUUGCCCUUCGAACCCCAUAUGCAGCCACACAUAACAUAACCUGUGCCCGCAUGACUAAUUGUACCAUGAGUAAUUGUAAGCAUUUUCCUGCUCCAGCAAUGAAUUGUUCUGCUGUGACAAAUAUCUCUUAUCUAUACAAGCAUGUACAGCUGCCAAAUGGGUGGUUUUGGACAUGCUCAGGAUAUACUUUCAAUUAUAUGCCCGCCAAUCUUAGUGAUGGCACUUGUUGUUGCCUAAGCCGACUUGCACUCAUAUUACCAACUAAAAGGCAACUGUUAAAUACUUCGCGAGUUAGUCGCAGUCUUCCUUUAGAUGCUUCCUGUGAUAGCCGUGUACAUUUACUUUCAAAAACUGAGACUGUCGCUUUGGCUGUUUCUCUUGUCGGGGUCCCCGGGUUGGCCACAGGAAACAGUAUGCGAAUCAAUGGUUUAGCUUGUGCAGCCACUAAGGCUUUGAAUGCAACAUCUACCGCUAUAGCCCUUCUUAAUGAUGACAUCCGCCAUGGGGUAUUGCAAAAUCGAGCGGCUAUAGAUUAUUUACUUAUGCUGCAUCAUUAUGGAUGUGAAAAGGUUAAUGAUAUGUGUUGCUUUAAUAUUUCUGAUCAUCAUCAUUCAGUUGAAAAUCAACUCAAGAUAAUUAAAAAUUUAACAGAUCAAAUCAGAUACAAUCCAGACCCCUUCUCGGGAUGGUGGGAUUGGCUCUCCUCAUGGCUUCCUAACACUGGGUGGUUGCAUCAGCUUGUCACCUUUGGGGGACUCACUGUACUAUUACUCGUGCUGUUUUGCUGUGGCAUUCAGUGCGUCCCCUCAUUUGUUUCUCUCUUCAUUAAGGGCUGUCCAUGGACUAGCCCGGAGCCCCCCCGAAAGUAUUAGUCAUAGUUAACAAAACAAAAGAGAGGGAGAUGUAGGUACAGUGUAGGUACAAAUGUUGGCAAGCCACGUUGUCCCUGCACUGAACCAUACAUUAGCACAGUAUAGUAUGCACUUUCUGCUAUGCUAGCUUAGUCACACAAGACAAUGGCCCGGUGAGGGAAACCAGCCUUAACCAAUCAGAAUGAAGUAAACAGGUGUAUCAAUCAUAUAGUAAUAAGUAACCUGUGUGAUGUCAAUCAUGUAAUACUGAGUAACCAGUCUGUAAGAAAGAGAAUAAAAGCAGCGGUCCGGGACUAUCCUGAGACGCCUCACUGCA